CUCACAAUCACAGAUUCACACUCGUUCGUUAACAAAAUGAAACCACAUGUAAAACGUCGUCGUUUUUUGUUGGGCCAGUCAUUACUCGUUAUUGGGCCUACUUUUAAUUUGAUUCGGGUCAAGCCCACAAGCCCAUAAUACAAAAAACAGGUUACCCGGUGUGGCGGCGAUGUGAUGUGGAUGGAUGAAAAUGACGCGAGAAUAAAGGCGAAAAUUGAAAGAAAAAAUAAAACAUUUAUUAUUUUAUUUAAGAUAGGACAAAAAAUAAAGAUGAAUGGAUAAGUAUAAAUAGAGAGAUUCAUUCUCUUUUUUUCUACUUAUAGAAAAUUAUGAUCAUGACUAUGAUGAUUACGAUAAUAACGUGAUAAUCAUCAUAUAGUAUCUCUCUUGCUCUAAUUAGGGUUUCGUUUUCUCUCACAAGAGCUACAUUGCUGUUACUUUCUCUGUAUUGUUUGAUUUGUAGGACAGUAUAGAUGAGUUUGAUGGGUACGGAAAGCUCGGAAGAAGCUGCAGGGCACCCUGAGCCACCUGAUCCUGAUGUCGAAGAAAUUGAUCCUACUUGUCGUUACAUUAAGUAUAAAGAAGUGAUCGGCAAAGGUGCAUUCAAAACUGUUUACAGGGCAUUUGAUGAAGUAAAUGGAAAUGAAGUUGCAUGGGGACAGGUUCAGAUUGAUGAGAUGUUAAAGAGACCGGGUGACUUAGACAAGCUAUACUCAGAAGUGUAUCUUUUAAAAUCAGUGAAGCACAAUAACAUCGUAAGAUUCUACAAUUCUUGGGUUGAUGACAAGCGAAAGACGUUUAAUAUGAUUACUGAGCUGUUUACCUCGGGUAGCCUUAGACAGUAUCGUAAAAUACACAAGAACGUAGACUUGAAGGCUGUUAAAGGAUGGGCAAGACAGAUUCUAUCGGGUUUAAACUACCUCCACAAUCAUAACCCGCCAAUUAUACACAGGGACUUGAAAUGUGAUAAUAUAUUUAUCAAUGGUCACCAAGGAGAAGUUAAAAUUGGCGAUUUAGGGCUGGCGACUUUCAUGACGCAGGCUAAUGCUAAGACUGUUACCGGUACUCCGGAGUUUAUGGCACCUGAAGUGUAUGAUGAAAAUUACAACGAAUUAGCCGACAUAUAUUCAUUUGGUAUGUGCAUGCUUGAGUUGGUGACUUUGGAGAAUCCUUACAGUGAAUGCAUAAACUCGGCGCAGAUAUUCAAGAGAGUUUCAUCUGGUAUAAUGCCUGUUGCACUUUCGAAAGUGAUAGAUCCAGAGAUAAAAGCAUUUAUUGAGAAAUGUCUUGUUCCAGCAUCCCAAAGAUUGUCAGCAAAGGAGCUUCUGAUGGACCCUUUUGUUCAAGUGAAUGAUUCUGCAAAGAACAUUUCUUUUCCGUUGCCAGAUAUUGUUCUUCCCAAAUUGGGAGCCUCUGAAAACAGAUGUGUGAUGUCAGAAGGUCCUGCUAGUGCAAGUAUUGAGGCCAUUUCUACGGAUCUCUGUGGCACUAAACUGCCUGUGAUCACUGUACUUGAUAACUCCACUAUUGAUGUGUCAUCUUCUCCAAGUGUUGAGAUAAGAAGGUUGAAGGGAGGUGUUACCUACUUUCUAAAAGGUGAUCAAAAUGAUGAGAAUUCUGUAUCAUUAGUUCUGCGGAUAGCUGAUCAAAAGGGACAAGCAAGAAAUAUCCAUUUCAUAUUCUUCCUUGCCAGUGAUACUGCUGUCUCAGUUUCAAAGGAAAUGGUUGAGCAACCUGAACUUGCUGAUCAGAAUGUAAUAUUUAUAGCCGAGUUAAUUGAUUUGUUAUUGAUGAAAUUGGUUCCUAAAUGGAAACCUUGUGUAGCAAUUGAUCAUUUGGUUUCUGCAAAUGGUAAAUGGACUAGUGCUAACCAGCUGUGUGUCUCGGAAUUGGCUAAAAACAAAGGAAGCCCAAAACAUUCUACUGGAGAUGCAAGUCCCUCAACCUCAUUUGGAAGAUCAGCUGCAAAAAAGAACUUUGACAAUAUGGAUUUAUGCUCCGAGAUGUCACAUGCUUCUGCAACAUCAGACAUCAAUGAUAAGUUUUCUAUGGUUUCAUUUAUGUCUGCUCAAUCGAGAUUUGAUGGAGGGAGUCAAAACUCGUUUGCAUCUGAAAUAUGGGGAUCAUCUAGUUAUAGGAGCAAGUGUUUAGACACGAGAAGCAACAGUAUGGCGAGCUUCUCAAGUUAUCCCAUUAGUGUUUCCUCCAUGCCUGAACUUGAUGAUGAGUUGAGAGUAGAGUUAGAAAUGAUCGAACAAAAAUUUCAAGAGGCAAUUAGAGAUUUGUCAAGAAAAAGGUGUCAGGCCAUUGAGGAGAUUAAAAAGAAAAUGUCGGAGAAGAUGGUAUCAUCAUAGAAUGAUUUGAGUAGUUUUUUCUUCUUCUUUUUAACGAGUACAAAUUUCUUUCUUUUUGUUUGGAGGCGUAGAAGAAUUUACUAGUCUUUUUAAUAGUUGUCUUUUACGUCCUCUUCAUACCCAUGAAGAGAUGAGUGUAAAUACAGAGCUGUGGAGGAAACUGUUCUUUUAUUGUGUCAGGGUGUUUUGCUUUUCGAAUGGUUUAUUGAAUUUGUUUCCGACACUAUCCAACAAUUGUGUAUAUAAUUCCUUUUGCAUUAUACUUGGUUUUUUUCUUUAAAUUGUUGUAUUGUGGGUUGA